UCUCUUGCGUUUCUUCAAUCAUAAAAACCAAAACUUUCUCUUUCGUUUUGCUUUCUUCUAAGCAUCUAUCUGCAGGAGUGAAUCACAAAAGCGAAUUUGGAGGAUUCUUUCUGAGGGAUUUUUCAGUGAUAAAAUGGCGUCGAAACGGAUCUUGAAGGAGCUGAAGGAUCUCCAGAAAGACCCUCCAACCUCCUGCAGUGCAGGUCCAGUUGCUGAAGACAUGUUUCAUUGGCAAGCUACAAUAAUGGGUCCUGCAGAGAGUCCGUAUUCAGGCGGUGUGUUUCUCGUUACUAUUCACUUCCCUCCGGACUAUCCUUUCAAACCACCAAAGGUUGCAUUUAGGACGAAGGUGUUUCACCCUAAUAUCAACAGCAAUGGAAGCAUUUGCCUUGACAUUUUGAAAGAACAAUGGAGCCCUGCUCUCACCAUUUCCAAGGUGACUCUCAUUUUUCAGAAAUAUCGGUUCUCCAAUGUUCGCUUAUGUUCCAAAAGUAUAGCAAGAUCAUCUACAUUUUCAGUUAGGAUUUUGCUCAAUGCUUUCAAUUCACAAGCUUUGGUUAUUAAAUGUUUGUUUCAUGUUCCAUAAAUGUAGUAAGAUCAUCAUCGUCUAUAACUUUUAGCUGCUUUAAUGGAAAUGAUUAUGCAAUUGGUAGGUGUUGCUCUCGAUAUGUUCGCUGUUAACAGAUCCAAAUCCAGAUGACCCUUUGGUGCCAGAGAUUGCACACAUGUACAAAACCGACAGAGCCAAAUACGAGGCUACUGCAAGAAACUGGACUCAGAAGUAUGCCAUGGGCUAAACAAAGAUUCGUAUGCUUCAGCACCUGUUUAUGCUCUUAUAUCUGUUUGUUUCUUCUUCCUGUUUUAAUUUUAAUAAAAAUGUCUAAAAUAUCUACUUUUUUCAUCUAUACGAUAUGUUUAUGGGUUUUAUUAUCAUCAUCUUUAUCUGAAAUUUGAAGUAUAUUUACUAGUGAGUAA